CUACUACGUACCAGAACCGGAGGAAAUGGAUGGACCAGGUAGAAGAACAGGAACGAAAAGCGACAGCGAUGAGACAGUUUGGGAGCGGCGCGCGCAUGUAUUUGCGGCUGCGCAUGCGUAGUAGCCGGCCGGCCGCUCCCCGCGCUAGCUUGUCGUCCAGCCUCUGCAUAGUACUCUUUGCCCUCCGAUCCCCAAGGAGAUCGAUCUCCCAAGCUAGCUAGCUCCGUCCAGUUGUUGGCCAAGGCGGAUCGAGCAAAAAAAAGCUUGUGUCUUGCAAGCUGUCUCCGGGUUUUCAUUCAUCUCCCGUUGUUGACGCCGGGGUUGUCGUACGUCCUCGGUCAGGCCCUCCCUCCCUUUUGCUGCGUGGUCGGAGGGAGAGAGGGGGUCGAUCGAGAAGGACGAGGGAGGAGAUCAGGGAGAGAUAUGGAGUGCCUGCUAGGGCUGCUCAAGGUGCGGGUGGUGCGAGGAGUGCACCUGGCCAUCUGCGACCCGCUCACCCACAGCAGCGACCCCUACGUCGUCCUCCGCCACGGACAGCAGAAAGUGAAGUCAAGUAUAAAAUACCGCACGUGCAACCCAGAAUGGAACGAGGAACUCACCCUGUCCAUCACAAACAUGAUGAACCCGGUCAAGAUUGAACUCUUCGACCAUGACACGUUCACCAAGGACGACAGCAUGGGCAACGCCGAGUUCUGCAUCCUCAACUUCGUGGAGAUCGCCAAGCAGGACCUCAGCGACGUCCCCGACGGCACGGUGAUGAAGUCGAUCCUCCCGGAGAAGGGCGGCAACUGCCUCGCCACCGAGAGCCACAUCACGUGGAAGGACGGCAAGGUCUCCCAGGACAUCGUGCUCAAGCUCAGGAACACCGAGACCGGCGAGCUCGUCCUGCACCUGUCCUGGGUCAACAUCCCCGGCGUCGCGCGGUGAAUCCGAUCCCCUCGACCGGCGGGGACGGACCCAGGAGGGGCAUAUGAGGAGGCGACGCCUGCCCAGCUGAUUUUACUACAAUAUAUUAUGAUAUGUGUAUAAUGCGUGUUUGCAGAAGGUAUAUGCAGAAGGCUCAUGCUACUGGCACUGGCAGCAAUGCCUGUAUUCACUUUUGCUUCUGCGUGAUUUCUGCGGGGGGGUUUUUUAAUCCACAAAAGACAUUUGUUCUCAACAUCUGUGAAGCUAUUCCAUACUGCAGUUAUGUGCCGUCUUGAUCA